AUGACACUUGAAUAUUUAAGACAGAGGGAUCAAAACAUUAUGAGGAACGACCAAUUCUUCCAAAGCCUUGGGCACAGUACCCUAGUUGCACAAGUUAAGGGUAAAAGUGCAAGGAACAAGGAUGAUGUUCCUGAAAAAUCUAGAUCUCUGUACAAUCCUGAGGAUGACGAGGGCUCUAACCAACAUGACGAAGAUGAAGUCAGCAUGCUUCUAAGGUGGGUGAGGAUGUAUGUAACAAGAAUGUCCAACAUAUUGGCAAGUUCUCUGCUAGAGGUUCGAAAGCAUCAAAGAGAGUGGUGGCACCACAAGAAGGGGAAACUACUAGAGUUACUAGGCAAAGGACUGCUGCCAAUCCAAGCCUCGCUAUUGUCACACAUGAUGCAUUGGCAUCUACCAAUACUACUACAAGCCCAAAUGAGGAGCACAUCAACAACAAUGAUGAAGGGUGGACAACGUCAGAUGAGGCAUAGGCUAAAAAAGUACUUUGAUGGAGUUCUAGCAAAUCUAGUGAGGACAACGUCACCUGUGACGUGUAUGACUGAUGAUCAAUGGAGAGCAUUAGUGGAGAUGUGGUCCAACCCAAAACACAAGGACACUUAUGUCAAAAACCAAGUUAAUCAUGCGAAAGUCCAUUUCCAUCAGCGUAUAGGUUCUCGAUGUUACAUUGCACAUGCCUAUGUCACGGCUGCUAUGGAAGCAAUUGAGGCUAAACCAAUGCAAGAAGGCCAGAAGUCGAUGUCUUCUAUUGAAAUUGUUUCCAAGGUGCUGCCGAAGUCAAGCACAUUUCUUCAAAAUGUGGGGCUACCAAUCUCCAAGCCAAGUAGUAGAAGUGCAGUUAGUUCACAGGUGUGGGAGCUACAGGCUCAACUUGAGGCUAAUGAGCAAGAAUCUGCGCAACUUAAGCAAGAAUCUGCACAACUUAAGCAAGAGGUGGCUAGCCAAGCACAUGAAAUUGACAGCUUGAAGAAGGAACAGCAAGAAACUCAUGCCCUCCUUCGACAGUUGAUUCUUCACUUCAAUCAGGGUCAAGUCACUCCUCCCUAUAAUUUGUGA